UAUUCCCCUCUGGUGUCUUGUCUGCUGCUUUGUCUGUUUCCAGCACGGGUUAAUCGGAAUUAACAGCUGGCGGUUGCUGCGCAUGCGCUGAUCCUCCAUACAGAGGAAAUAGCCGGGGAGUAGGUAGCUGCCUGAGAACGAGCGAGCGAAUACCCCGGGUACAGCUGGUUUCUCACGAAACAAUUAUGACCGUCUUUCCGUUGUCGCUUUCUCUCAGGUAUCUGUUUCCCGUUCGCUGAAUGGCGCUGGUUACCGUGCAGCGCUCACCGACCCCCAGCACCAGCUCCAGCCCCUGUGUUUCGGAGUCCGGCAGUGGGGAGGAGGACCGGCGCUCUCAGCCUAGGAGUAUCAGUGAGAGCUUCCUGACAGUGAAAGGCGCCGCCCUCUUCCUGCCCCGGGGAAAUGGCUCCUCCCCUACCUCCGCCUCCCGGUUCUCUCAGCUCCGCAGCAAACAUGCAGGUGACCUCCAGCAGCACCUGCAGACCAUGUUCACUCUCCUCCGACCAGAGGACAACAUCAAACUGGCUGUACGGUUGGAGAGUACCUUAUACCAGGGGACUCGCUACAUGGUGGUGGUCUCCACUAACGGCCGCCAGGACACAGAGGAGAGCCUGGUGCUGGGCAUGGACUUCAGCCCUGCAGACAGCUCGUGCUCGGUGGGGCUGGUUCUCCCCCUAUGGAGCGACUCACUGAUACACCUGGAUGGAGACGGGGGUUUCAGUGUGUCCACUGAUAACAGGAUCCAUGUAUUCAAGCCUGUGUCAGUGCAGGCCAUGUGGUCUGCUCUGCAGUCGCUCCACAAGGCGUGUGAGGUGGCUCGUUGCCAUAACUACUACCCCGGCAGCCUGUUCCUGACCUGGGUCAGCUACUACCAGAGCCGGGUCUCCUCUGACCAAUCACGCAUCAACGAGUGGAACGCCAUGCAGGACGUCCAAUCACAUCGUGCUGACUCUCCCGUGCUGUUCUCUGGCAUGCCGACAGAGAGAGAGAGGACGGAGCGGCUGAUCAAGACUCGUCUGAGAGAGAUCAUGAUGCAGAAAGACCUGGAGAAUGUCACCUGCAAAGAGAUCCGCACAGAGCUGGAGGUACACAUGGUGUGUAACCUGUGUGAGUUUAAGGAGUACAUAGACAACGAGAUGAUCCUGAUCCUGGGCCAGAUGGACAGUCCCACUGAGAUAUUCGACCAUGUUUACCUGGGCUCUGAGUGGAAUGCAUCCAAUCUGGAGGAGCUGCAGAACAGUGGUGUGCAGUAUAUUCUGAACGUGACAAGGGAGAUUGACAACUUCUUCCCAGGUGUGUUUGAGUACCAUAACAUCCGUGUGUAUGAUGAGGAGGCUACAGACCUGCUGGCCUACUGGAACGACACCUACAAGUUCAUCUCCAGAGCCAAGAAAGCGGGAGCUAAGUGUCUGGUGCACUGUAAGAUGGGUGUGAGUCGCUCUGCCUCCACGGUGAUAGCCUACGCUAUGAAGGAGUACGGCUGGGACCUGGAGAGAGCAUUCAACUACGUUAAGGAGCGACGUGCUGUCACCAAACCUAACCCGUCAUUUAUGAGACAGCUAGAGGAAUACCAGGGCAUACUGCUGGCCAGUAAGCAGAGGCACAACAAGCUGUGGCGUUCCCACUCAGACAGUGACCUAUCAGAGCACCACGAGCCGCUGUGUAAGACCGCCCAACACCCCCACACCCUGGGCCGCUCCGAUCCCCGUAACCAGGGUAACAGCCCCGCCACCCCCUCACUGCAGGAGCUGCUGCAGCCGCUGGGCACCCCCUCCAACACGGGGCAGGUGGUGCGGUCCAUCUCUGAGUGUGGGACCCCCUCUAGUGCAGGGAAGGUGGUACAGUCCAGUAGCCAGCCCAAUACUACUGCUACCCAAGAGAAUAACAUGGACACUAACCAGAAGACUAGGACUGAAGCUCUGUUGACCUCCACAACUGGAGACCAGUCAGUAGGCACUGGGGACCAGUCUUCUCCUACUGGCGACCAGUCUGCUCCUACUGGCGACCAGUCUGCUCCUACUGGCGACCAGUCUGCUCCUACUGGCGACCAGUCUGCUCCUACUGGCGACCAGUCUGCUCCUACUGGCGACCAGUCUGCUCCUACUGGCGACCAGUCUGCUCCUACUGGCGACCAGUCUGCUCCUACUGGCGACCAGUCUGCUCCUACUGGCGACCAGUCUUCUCCUACUGGCGACCAGAAGCCUUCACCAGCAACAGUUACUACUGCCUCCACUGGUUCCCAGGCCCAGGGGGAGUCUGUAUGUUCCCCGUCACCCCCUCUCCAAGGCCUGUGUGAUUCCGAGGAGGACCCCUCGACCCCGCCUCUCCCCCAGCCGCGGGCGGCCACCGUGGUGCCUGACAUUUCUACGGUAACUGUGGCGGAGACAGUGCCUGUCGGGCGCCCUCACCCACCCCCCUCCCUUCACCACCUCCCCCUCUCCCUUCCAACCCCCUCCGAUGCAGACAAGACUCCGAAAGCCAAGGAGCCGUCCACCACCUUGCCUAAGGAAAAAUACUCUCAGCCACAGGUGACCCCAUCAGUGCUGGAGUCAUCGUCGAUGACCCCGGAAACAAGCACACAAACAGCAGGACCACAAGAGCCGUCCACACCAGUGCCUGACAAGAAACUAGACUGUGACCAGCGGUUACCUGGGGCAUGUUUGGACAGUUCAGCAUCCCAACAACCCUCCAGUAUUGAGGUACUCAUCAUUAGCCAGCCCAGUGCCCCCCCCCAGGACCCUGCUGCCGGGGCGGGGGGGUCCUCGGCUCUCAGCACAGACCACAUCAACUUCUUCAGCGCCAGAGAGAAGUUCCAGGGUCUGACUCAGGACGGGAGGACCCGUUUCCUUUCUGAUCAGGCACUGCAACAGACACCUCAGCCCAUACCCAGGGAUCCAGGACAGGAGCAGCAGGAGGACCCCUCUGCUGUGGCGACUGAGGAGGGAGAGGAGGAGGAGGUCGAGGAGAGGAAGAGGAACAACAUCGUCUCUGUUCACCUCAUAGUCACAGAACUGGAGUCCUUGAUGCACACUGUGAUCCCUCCCCCUGGCCCUCCCAGCCAACAUGAGCCUACUGCUUCCCAGGACCAGGAAGUGGGUCAGUCAAACCAGGAAGUAGAGGGCAAAGAUGCAGAGUCACAGCAGGAAGUGGAGGAUAUCAAAGAGGAAGUGAAGGACAAAGCAGAAGAGAUGGAAGCAGUCUCCAACUCUCCUCCCGCCCCUCACUCUGGUGAUUGGGCGUUGGGCUCUGUGCGCCGCGUCACCCAACAGCUGGAGCAGCGAAUGAGGCACGACUCCCCUUCCCCACCUCCACCUUCCCUCCACCCGACCCACCCCCAUCGUCGCUCCCCUCUCUUCCCUCACUCAAGAGAACACUCCCCUCCUGCCUCUCACCCCCUCCCAGAGACAAACUCCAACCCCCAGAAUGCACCACUCUGCCUGCAGGGGUCAGAGGUCAGCACUAUGCAGGAAAAGGAGGAGGAUGGGGGCUGUAGUCCUAUGGAAGAUGGAGGACAGGAGGCUUGGAGAGAAGGUUUACAUGAAGACAGUGGCCAAACGCACAAACACAACAUUACUGAUGGCAGCCUUGUAUCUACCUUCCACCUUCCACCCAUCACCCCUCUCCACCCUACCCCCAUCACCCCUCACCACCCUACCCUACGCUCCGCCCUCGCCCCCCUCUCAUCCAUGGAUAUCCUGUGUCUGGAGGGGGUGACAGAGUUUGAGUCGGGCACAGACUGGGACAGUCCCCCGGGUCGAGGACCCCCCGGUGACAUCAUCAUGAGGGAGACGUGGGAAACUCUGCGGGAGCUGGGGGCGUUCCUUCGCCAGGUGAGCGGGGGCGGAGCCAAGGUGUGGGGGGAAGGUGUGGAGGCGAGGCAGAAGAGGGUCAGGGGUGGCGACCGGCAGAGAGCCAGGGAGGUGGAGGCACGGAUUCGCCAGGCUGGGCUGACCCCGCCCUCCCUGAUGAAGCGCUCUGCCUCAUUGGCUAAACUGGGCUGCCUAGAGCUGUCGGCCAAUGACCUGAGUGACUGGGAGAUUAGCCCCACCUCUCCGGUGACACCCACUCUGGAAGCCCUCCCUCCUUCGGCAGCAGCUGACGAGUCCUCCAAGAAACUCAGGGUGCUAUUCCACAAUGCCCUGUGUCCUUCUGUCUCCACCAGCAGGCAGGAGUCCCUCAGGAACAGAGCGGAGGGGCCUUGUGAGAGUGGACACACCCCAUCAGAACACUCGCGUUCUCCUACGUCCAAUCAGGGCUGGCAGAAGGGGAAACGUCCUGACUCUGGCCACGCCCCCUUGCUGACGCCCGACCUGAUCUCCGUGGCAACACGACAGCAGUAUGGAAGGACACACCCGCUACGCAGGCUGAAGAAAUGGACUGUCAGCACCCUCUACCACACUAUGUGAUCCUCACAGUGUGUGUGUCUGAGAGAGAGAGCGCCAGAGACACAAUGAUGAAAACUGGUUAAUUUCUUUCUGGAACUAUUUGAAAGCUGGUCAAACGCCAGCCACUUCCCCGAGCCCCUCCACCUUCCCUGGCAGAUUGUAGAAAAUCAGAUGGGUCUACAAUAUGCUGGCCUCUGGGAUCAUUGGAAGGCUAGAUGGAUUAUAUUGAUUUAUAGCUAACACAAAGCUUAUCUGUUCAGGGCGAGAGGGUGUUGUGGGCAUCAUGUAUGUAGUGACUUCUAGGAUGUGUAAUGUUUAUUGUUGCAUACUGUAUGUCUGUAGUGUGUUUUUAAAAUCAUUUUAGGAUGUGUGUGUUUAAUAUCUUUUGGAGUCUGAACUGUGUGGGGCAGAAUAUCUCCAUAUGGAUAUUUAUGUUUUUAAAUAAUGUUUGUCACUUUUUUUGCACAUAAUAGGAAGUGUGUGUGUGACUGAAAAGUGCAGUUCUCCCUUCCCUUUCGAUCAGAAAUAACAAUGGGGAGGUUUCUCAAAUGAUGCACUUUACUGUUGUCUUUUUUAUGUAUGGUUCCUACUCUUGGGGAGCAUGCUUAAUGUGAGUUAAAAUUGUGUGUAUUUUAGUGUAAAAAUGAUUUUUGUUUUAAAUCUGUAAAUAUCCUCUUUUUUAUUAUGUGCUUAUUAAACUGUGACCAAUAAAUAAUGACAACUCCGA